CUCUUUUACGAAAGAAUAAUCGGGAAAACUUGGGGAAGAACCUGCAAUACUCUGGUGUAUCAAUCGGCUGGGAAAGGCAGGCAAAGCAGUUCUCCACUUCACUCUCUCCCCCAUACUUUACGGCUCCGUAUACCUCCUCCUCCAUGAGCAUCUAAUCCAUUUCUACACAAACACCUAUGGCUUCCACUUCCACCUCUACUAUCUCUUUUUGCUCUCAUCCUAAGAUUUUCCUCCGGCUUCAUUCGCUAGGGCCCCCACGUGUGGGCUUCGGCGCUUCUGGCUUGAACUAUCAUGCCAAUGAUGCGUUGCUCCCGGUUACGCAUAGGACAAGAGGUUUCAGAUUGAGAAACUUGGUGCUGAAGGCUACCUUGAGGUCCGACAGCGGCUCCAGGCGGGCUGCAACUUCUCGAAGAGUUUACAGAGACUCUCAAACUCAGAGCUCAUCGUUGGUUGCGCCGGUCAAGCAGCUUGCCUCUACUGUUUUACCUGCCGGUGUUUUCGUUGUGGUUACGUUCGUUUUAUGGAAAUUGGUGGAGAGACUCAUGGUUCCGAAAUCAGAUAAGUCGUCUUCAUCCGUGAAAAACAAAUGGUCAUUUAGUGCUGGUAUAAAUUUGUUUCCAGAUCUUGCUGCCAAGGUUGACAGAGAAGCCAAAUUGAAGCUUAAUGACUUUGCAAAAGAGCUCCGAACUUUUAGUAGUGUUGACAUGACAGCACGCAACUUUGGAGAUGAAGGACUGUUUUUUCUGGCCGAGAGUUUAGGAUACAAUCAGACAGUUGAGGAAGUUAAUUUUUCUGCAAAUGGAAUAACAGCAGAAGGGAUAAAAGCCUUUGAUGGUGUCCUUCAAUCAAAUAUUAUUUUAAAGACCCUUGAUCUUUCUGGAAACCCGAUUGGAGACGAUGGAGUUAAGACCCUGUGUGACUUGCUGGUGAAUAAUUCUAGCAUACAGACGCUUCGGCUAAACAGUACUGACGUGGGAGAUGAGGGUGCAAAAGCUGUUUCCGAGAUGCUGAAGAAAAAUUCAAGCUUGCGCAUAAUUGAGCUUAACAAUAAUAUGAUUGAUUAUUCUGGAUUUACAAGUCUUGGCGGAGCACUUCUUGAAAACAACACCAUACGGAACAUACAUCUUACUGGCAAUUAUGGUGGUGCCCUGGGAGCUAAUGCUUUGGCUAAAGGACUUGAAGGGAACAAAUCACUGAGGGAACUUUAUCUGAAUGGAAAUUCAAUCGGUGAUGAGGGGGUGCGUACCUUAAUUUCAGGUUUAUCUUCGCGUAAAGGAAAACUUGCACUUCUUGACAUUGGUAACAACUCAAUCACUGCCAAAGGUGCCUUUCAUGUUGCUGAAUUCAUUAAGAGAACUAAGAGCUUGGUUUUAUUGAAUUUGUACAUGAACGAUAUCGGUGAUGAGGGUGCUGAAAAGAUUGCUGAUUCUCUAAAGCAAAAUCGCACAAUAAAAACUUUAGAUCUGGUGAGGAGCCAUGAUUCUUUGUAUUUCUCUUCCCCGACUACAAAUUUAAGAUGGACGACUCUUUUUUGGUGGGUUUAUUUACAGGGAGGGAAUAACAUACAUGGUGAGGGUAUUAGCAAGCUCGCGCAAGCAUUGAAGGAUAAUGAUGCCAUCACAACUUUGGAAAUUUCUUAUAAUCCCAUUGGACCAGAAGGAGCGGAGGCUUUAUCUGAGGUGCUGAAGUUCCAUGGAAAUGUAAAAAAUCUCAAGCUUGGUUGGUGUAAGAUAGGACCAAAGGGUGCUGAAUUUAUUGCAGAAACUCUGAAAUAUAAUACUACAAUAUCUGUCUUGGAUUUACGGGGCAAUGGUCUACGAGACGAGGGUGCAACUUGCCUUGCUCGCAGCUUGAAAGUGGUUAACGAAGCUUUAACUUCACUAGACUUAGGUUUCAAUGAAAUAAGGGAUCCAGGUGCUUUCGCCAUUGCUCAGGCACUCAAAGCGAACGAGGACAUAGCAGUUACAUCCUUGAAUCUCGCCAAUAACUUCCUGACCAAAUUCGGGCAGAGUGCUUUAACAGAUGCCAGAGAUCAUGUCCAUGAGAUGUGUGAAAAGGAAGUUAGUAUUUCUUACUAAAACACUUCCUUCCAUAAAAUAUUUGUUGAAAUUAGAUGCAUUUUGCGAAACCAAGCAUUUACUUGAAUUCCCCCCCCCCCCCCCCCCCCCCCCCCCCCAAGGUUUUACUUGCUUUAUUCUUUGAGGGACUAGCUUUGAAAUUUUGACGUUGAGAGUUAGGAAAUUGUAUCAUAAUUUUUUUUCCAUGUUCUAUUCUUUAUUGAUUUGAACCGAACGCAACGAGCUUAUAAAAGAAGCUUCUUUUCUAGUUCAAA